AUGCGCGGGGCGGCAGCGCUGGUGCUGCUGGCGGCGGCGCUGAGCGGGGGGGAGGCAGGAGGGGGCUGCCCCGCGCAGAGCCUGGGCUGCAAGUGCGGGGCCGAGCGCGCCAAGGCUCCCGGCGGGGCCCCCGCACCCCGGCGGAGGGUGGUCUGCAGCGGCGGGGGGCUCCCGGCACCCCCCGAGCCGCGCCUGCUGCCCGACGGCACCGCCACGCUGCUGCUGAGUAACAACAAGAUCACGGUGCUGGAGAACGGCUCCUUUUUUGGGCUGCGGGCUCUGGAGAAGCUGGACCUGAAGAACAACCUGAUCAGCACGGUCCAGCCGGGCGCCUUCCUUGGCCUCUCUGAGCUGAAGCGUCUGGACCUCUCCAACAACCGCAUCGGCUGCCUGAGCGCCAGCGUCUUCCAGGGGCUCUCCAACCUCCUCAGGCUGAACAUGUCCGGGAACAUUUUCUCCAGCCUCCCACCCGAUGUCUUCGACGAGCUUCCCUCCCUGAAAGUUGUGGACUUUGCCACCGAGUACCUGACGUGCGACUGCAACCUGCGCUGGGUGCUGCCCUGGGCGCGCUCCCGCUCGGCGCAGAUCUCGGAGCGGACGAUGUGCGUCUUCCCCCGGCAGCUGCGCGGCCUCCCCCUGCGCGGCGCGCGGGACGCCCAGCUGGGCUGCGCGGGUACCCCGGAGCUGCACACCCACCACCUCAUCCCGUCGCUGCGCCAGGUGGUUUUCCAGGGCGACCGGCUGCCCUUCCAGUGCACUGCUACCUACUUGGACAACAGCACCCAGAUCCGGUGGUACCACAACCACCAGCCAGUGGAGGAGGACGAGCAGACGGGCGUCAUCGUGGAGGAGAGCCUCAUCCAUGACUGCACCUUCAUCACCAGUGAGCUCAUCCUCUCCAACAUCCACGUUUCUGCCAAUGGCGAGUGGGAAUGCGCCGUCUCCACCUCCCAGGGCAAUGUCAGCAAGAAGGUGGAGAUCGUGGUGCUGGAGACUUCCGCGUCCUACUGCCCUGCUGAGCGGGUCACCAACAACCGCGGGGACUUCAGGUGGCCCCGCACGCUGGCUGGCAUCACGGCCUAUCAGCCCUGCCUGCAGCACCCCUUCGCGGCGGGGCCGGCCGGCGGCGCGGCGGGGGAGAAGCAGGCGUGGAGACGCUGCGACCGCGCCGGGCGCUGGGAGGAGGGUGACUACUCCCACUGCCUCUACACCAACGACAUCACCCGUGUCCUCUACACCUUCGUGCUGAUGCCUAUCAAUGCCUCCAAUGCCCUGACCCUGGCUCACCAGCUCCGCGUCUACACGGCUGAGGCAGCCAACUUCUCAGACAUGGUUGAUGUCCUCUACGUGGCCCAGAUGAUAGAGAAGUUUAUUGGCUACGUGGACCAGAUCAAGCAGCUGACAGAUGUGAUCGUGGAGAUGGCCAGCAACAUCAUGAUGGUGGACGACCACAUCCUGUGGAUGUCACAGAAGGAGGAGAAGGCUUGCACCAGCAUCGUGCGCUCCCUGGAGAAGAUCGCCGCCCACACGCUUGGCAGCAACUCCCAGCACAUGGCAGUGAACUCACGCAACAUCGCCUUCGAGGCCUACGUGGUGAAGCCCGAGAGCUACGUGGGGCUGAGCUGUGUGGCUUUCCAGCGGCGGGAUGGGGGCCCGGCCGCACGUGCCCCCCAGGCUGAGCGGGGAGCUGAGCCCCUGCCUGACCAGCAGCUGAGGCUGCGCUGCACCACGGGGCGCCCCAACAUCUCCCUGACCAGCUUCCACAUUAAGAACAGCAUCGCCCUGGCCUCCAUCCAGCUGCCCCCCAGCCUCUUCUCCAGCCCUGUCCCGGCCGCGCCGCUGGCCGAUUGCAAACUGCAGCUGCUGGUCUUCCGCAACGGGAAACUCUUCUGCAGCACUGGGAACUCCUCCCGCCUGGCCGACGACGGGAAGCGCCGCAGCGUGGCCACGCCGGUCAUCUAUGCCGGGACCUAUGGCUGUGGCGUGGGUAACCUGUCAGAGCCAGUGGCCGUGUCGCUGCGGCACCCUGGGGAGGGCGCGGACCCGGUGGCUGCCUACUGGAACUUCGAGGUGCUGGGGGGCAUGGGGGGCUGGAGCGCCGAGGGCUGCCAGCUGGCUACCCGGGAGCCCAACGUCACCUCCCUGCACUGCCGGCACCUCAGCAACGUGGCUGUGCUCAUGGAGCUGAGCGGGUUCCCCAGCGAGGCACGGGGUGCUGGGGAGGUGCUGCACCCAGCCAUGUACACCUGCACAGCUGUGCUGCUGCUCUGCCUCUUCACCACCAUCAUCACCUACAUCGUCAACCACGGCACCAUCCUGAUCCCGCGGAAGGGCUGGCACAUGCUGCUUAACCUCUGCUUCCACAUGGCCAUGACGGCCGCCGUCUUCGCCGGAGGCAUCACCCUGACGGGCUACCUGAUCGUCUGCCAGGCGGUCGGCAUCAUCUUGCACUACUCGUCCCUCUCCACCCUGCUGUGGAUGGCAGUGAAGGCCAGAGUGCUCUACAAGGAGGUGACCUGGAAGGCACCACAGCAGCCAGAGGGGGACAUGUCCCAGCCGCCCCCCAGACCCAUGCUACGGUUCUACCUGAUUGCCGGUGGGAUCCCCCUCAUCAUCUGCGGGAUCACGGCCGCUGUCAACAUCCACAACUACCAUGACAACAACCCCUACUGCUGGCUGGUGUGGCGGCCCAGCCUGGGGGCUUUCUAUGUCCCCGUGGCUUUCAUCUUGCUUGUCACCUGGAUUUACUUCCUCUGUGCCGGGCUCAGCCUCCAGUGCCGACCGUCACGCCGGAAAGACAUCCCCGAGCAGCUGGAGCCACCGCCACGACUCGGGGGUGCUGGUGACCUCCUGACAGACUCCGGGUCCAUCUCAGUCACGCUGAACUCGGGGCCUUCCUGCCCUGAGGUGGACGGCGUCUACUCCCUGCAGGUGCAGUUCUGGGCACUGGUGACCACCCACACCUUGUAUGUCGCCCUGUGGACGUUCGGCGCCAUGGCCGUGUCGCAGCGCUGGUACCUGAACAUCGUCUUCAGCUGCCUUUACGGCAUCACCGCCGUGGCGCUGGGACUCUUCAUCUUCAUCCACCACUGCGUCCGGCGCCGGGACGUCCUCAACUCCUGGUUCUCCUGCUGCCCCUCCUACAGGAACGCGCUGCCCAUGCAGGCGUACGUCCACCCGGGGCUGGUGCCAGAGGACGGCUCGCAGGUCUUCAUCGGCUGUGACCCGGAGGCGGCUCGUUCCGGUGCCUCCUCCUCGCCCAGCAGUGCUGGCUCAGCCGGGGGCCGCUGCAAGCUCACCAACCUGCAGGUAGCCCAGAGCCAGGCAGACACCCGCCCGGCCACCUGCCUGGAGCCAGACCCCACCGACGGCAGGACCACCGGCCCCGGCAGACAUGCCAGCAACCUCCACGGCCGCAGGAACCACCGGGGCAGAACUAAGCAGUGCCGGGACGGGAAGCAUCACCGCUUGAAAGCGCUGCGGGGCCCCUCCUCGGAGCAUCCCUCCAGCGAGAGCGGGAGCCUCCACAACAGCCACUCUGAGAGCUACCACAGCGGCAGGAACAGCCCCCUCAGCAGCGGCCACCCGGGGCCACGGGCCCCCCAGGAUGGGGAGAUGGUGCCCAGCCACUCGGAAGGCAGCGACGGCGGCCGGCGGGCACCCGACUUCACCGAGGCUCGUCGGAGGAGCGCCAGCAAGGACAGCCUGCGGCAGGGCAGCGCGGCCGAGAGGGAGGCCAAGCGCCGCUCCUACCCGCUGAACGUGGCCAGCCACAACGGCGGCCUCAAGGGCAGCAAGUACGACAUCAACCUGGCCAGCGCCGACAGCGUGGCCGGGAUGAAGACCGGCCUCUGGAAGAGCGAAACCACCGUGUGAAGGUGGGCAGGACCAGAUGGCCACAGCGCCGCGUUUUCCUCCAGGAGCCUCCGCUGGAGCCGCUUGGGGUGCCCGUGAGGAGGAGGGGACGCUGCAGGAAUCACCACGUGCACUAGUGGGGCCAGGCGGCGCGGCCGGGAGCUCCGGCUCACCCCGGGCACAGGGCGAUGCCGGGCCUGGCCCGAUCCCUGUGGAGGCUCAAAGCUUCCCGAGGUGAAAGGCAAUCCUUGCUCUUCAGCAGCCUGAACUGCAGCCAUGCUUUCAUCACUCCUGCAUGUCACUUAAGACUGAUCCUAAAUGCUAUUUUAUAUUAUACAGAGGAAAACGUCUAUUUUUCAAAGCUAUAUUAUUGAAUGUAUAUAUGUAUAGACAGAUCAGUAAGUGAUGCAAGUGCCUCAUUACCGACCAGUGUUCUCCGGGAGCGGGCAGGGCCCCGGGCGCUUUGCCCCAACUGCAAUAUUCCCACCAAAGGGACCACACUGGGUGCCAAGGCCUGUGUGGCCCAGCCUGAGCAAGCUGCCCUGAGCGAGUCAGAGAGCAGCUUCUCCCUCUGAAAAUGUUGUUACACGCUGAAGUUUUUACCCGUGUGUGUUCACGCUGGCGCUUCACCCUGUGGGUUACGCGGCUGCCAAAGGAAAAGCCAUAUUGAGAAGCAAGCACAAGGUAAGAGGAGCCUCAGCCCCACGGCGAGGUGACUGUCUGCACCUUUCCAAUGCCAGACACUAAAAUCUUGGCCUGAAAAGGCUCCCAAAGCCCUCAGAGGCAUGAGCUGUGCAAUGGGGUGGGCUGGUGGAGCCAAGACUGACCCUCUCCACCAAACCACCAAAGAGCUGAGCAUGUGCAGAGACCCAAGGUGAGUCCCUGUCCUUUGCCCAGGGGUGCACGCUCUGAGAGCACUUGGGUUUGCUCUCAGGAAGGCAGAAAAGCCCCCCAGCUACCGGCCUUGCCCUCGUGUAAGACGAGAGCACCGGGGAGCAGGGGCCAUUCCUGGGAAAGUGGGAGAAUGAGGCCAAUUAAUUAGGGACCUUCCCUGGACAGUUCAAGUGAUGCAUUCAAAGGGCUGGAACUUGGAUAAGCACUUAUUUUUCCCCGUUUGAAAACAAGUCCCCCCCUUUUUUCUAGUGUGCAGAUAAAGAGCCCACGCUGCAGGCAGCAGCCAGCACUGGGAGCUGUUCCCUGCCAGGUCCCAAAGGUUUCCCAAGAGGAGAGGAGGUUGUUUACCCCACAGCCAGGCAAGGAGCACCCCGUGCUGGUGCAGCGCUGGCAGCCCUGGGGCUGUUUCACCCCAUGCCAUCCACCACAGCCAUGGGAGGGAUGGAAAGGAGCCAGGCUGGGAUCCUGGUGCCUCCUCUGCCCUUCCCAGCCUCCCCUGCCUCAGUUUCUCCUGUAUGCAAAUGGGUUCCAUCAUUUAGCUACCUCUGAGGGGAGGCAGUGGGGGAAAAGCACUUAAUGGUGGGUUUGUCUGAGCUGCAGAAGCCCUUGGGGGACCCUCACCUGUGGGGCUGGGGCACCCUCGGGCUCCCCACCUUUCCCUGUGCCUGGUUUUGAUACAACCUCAACCUUGAUUGUUGGUCCCACAGCCCACACGGUCUUGCUGACGCUGCGUUGUUAUGUAUGCUUGCUGCACUGUGACAGUAUUAUAUAAAAAGCUUUGUAUUAUUAAUUACACUUUUUUUUUUUUUGGUCUGUUUACAUUACAAGCAAAUGACAUAUCAACAGAGCUUCCUGCAAUAUCCGGGGGGAGGGAGGGAAAGUAUGCCAAAGAAAUGUCUUUAAAGGGGCCUUUUUGCAUUUUUAUAUAAAUAGAAUGUUUCUAGCAGAUAUGUUUUGUUUAAUAUAUUAAAGAUUUGCCAAUCUGCCAA